UCUACACCCCUUGCGCGCGCCCGCUGCUCUCUUCACGGAAAAUAAAAUAAAACCCUGACUCGAGAGUACGGAUAUAAAGAGCAUCAACCUAGUUGUAGAAACAAGUAGAAAAGUUGUUAAUUCACGAUGAAGGACCGUACACACGAGCUAAGGGUGGGGAAGGAGACUGAGGAAGAAGAUGAUGUGGCAGUCAACAUGGAAAAAGAUCGAUUUAUGGAUGAGUUCUUUGUACAGGUGGAGGAGAUCCGAGGCUUCAUCGAGGAGCUCUCAGAGAAGGUGGAGGAGGUGAAGAGACAACACAGCGCCAUCUUAGCUGCCCCCAAUCCUGACGAAAAAACGAAGGCAGAGCUGGAGCAGCUGAUGACGGACAUAAAGAAGUUUGCGAACAAAGUGCGCUCCAAGUUAAAAAGCAUUGAACAGUCCAUAGAGCAUGAGGAGGCUUUAAGCAGGUCGUCUGCAGAUCUGAGGAUACGUAAGACACAGCAUUCCACGUUGUCUCGGAAGUUUGUGGAGGUGAUGUCAGAAUAUAAUGCCACGCAGUCGGACUACCGGGAACGCUGCAAGGGCCGCAUCCAAAGACAACUGGAGAUUACUGGUAGGAACACAACUAAUGAGGAACUGGAGAGCAUGCUGGAGAGUGACAACCCUGCCAUCUUCACAUCAGGGAUCAUCAUGGACUCCAACAUCACCCAGCAGGCCAUGAAUGAGAUUGAGACGAGACACACUGAGAUCAUCAAGCUGGAGAACAGCAUCAGAGAACUUCACGACAUGUUCAUGGACAUGGCCAUGCUGGUGGAGAGCCAGGGGGAGAUGAUAGAUCGUAUAGAGUACAACGUGGAGCACUCAGUGGACUAUGUAGAGAGGGCCGUGUCUGACACCAAGAAGGCAGUGAAGUACCAGAGUAAAGCCAGGAGGGCAAGCCAUGCAUGACCUUAUGUGACAUGGUCUCAUUGAUGUCCAUGUGUCUAUAUACCCUCAACACUGCUGCUGUGACAGAACAGCAUGAAUCUCCCCAAGCCUACUGGUUUCUGCUGGGUUACAUCUAUUAUUCAACUGUCUCUCCUACACACACUGUAGAACUUACCAUUAGGCACCGAUCUAGGAUCAUCUUACUCUUACCAACUUCUGAGCAUUGCUAUCAGAGAGAAAAUGUUAAACUGACUUUAGACCAGCGUAUAGGCCGGGUAAACCUCAUCAUUCCUCCUCCCAAGUGACAGGCGGUACAAUAUUGCCACCACUUGGUCAGAUAAUAGUAUAGCAGGUCAAGGUUGAGAGAAGUUGCAAUUUAAACAGACAAUUAAAGUAUGACUCUAAUACAAAGCUCAUAUAUAUAUAGAGAAUAAAACCCUAUUGCAAUACAUUAACAUACUUUCAAAAUGUAUCUGUUUGCCUAAGGCUGUGAAAUGCUGGGGCAUGUGUGUAUUUCCUAGCAAUGUCAGUGUGUAAGCAUGCCCAUGUGUGUUUUACCUGUUGCACAUAACUAUGCUGUUGGCAAUAUGGUUAGUAGUAGUUCUGACUAACAUUUUCUUGCCAUUUUGGUAACGCCAUUUCCCCCUCUACUCUUUCAUGCUGCCUGGAAUCCCUGUUUUAUUUCGAUUGACAUAAUGCAAUAAUGGUCAUGCAGAAGAAAAUAAUGAUUAUUAUAUGUUGUGUGGUUCUUGGUAUUGUUAUUGCCUCCAGUGUUGGUGGAAGUUUAGCAUAGA